GGAGCGCGGGGCUGGGCCCGGGGCCGCGGCGACCGGCAGCAGCCGCGGCGGCGACGAGGGGCGCGAGCGGGCGGCGCGGGACUGUCGGGGACUGCCGGGGCCGGGUCGGGGUCGGGGCGCGCGGCUACGCGGGCGCAGGUGGGCGAUCCCACCGGGGCGGAGGGGGCACCCCGGCUCCGGAACCCGGCAAGGCCAGGGGCGCCGCGGGGCCCGCGGGCGCAGGUGGUGAGUGCCCGGAGCGCAGGUGGAGGCGCGGCGGCUGCUCGUGGUGCUCAGGGUGACCCGGGAGAGGGUCCGGCUCCGGGGGCGGGGGGAGCCCGGGGGCGUCGGAGGGGGCAGCGCGGGCCCCUCCGAGCCAUCCAGGCGCAGGCCCCGCGGGGCGCACGGGGGACCCCGGGGACUGGCGCCCAGGCCCGGGCAUGAGGCCCGGCGGGGCCGGCAGGAGCCGGAGGAGGAGCCGCUGCCGCUGUUGACCCGGCCGGCCGGGAGCGGGGAGAGAUGCGGAGCCCGGCCACCGGCGCCCCCCUCCCAACGCCGCCGCCGCCGCCGCUGCUGUUGCUGCUGCUGCUGCUACUGCCGCCACUAUUGGGAGACCAAGUGGGGCCCUGUCGUUCCUUGGGGUCCAGGGGACGCGGCUCCUUGGGGGCCUGCGCCUCCACGGGCUGGCUCUGUCCAGGCUCAGCAUCGAACCUCUGGCUCUACACCAGCCGCUGCAGGGAUUCAGGCACUGAGCUGACUGGCCACCUGGUACCCCACCACGAUGGCCUGAGGGUUUGGUGUCCAGAAUCCGGGGCCCAUAUUCCCCUGCCACCAGCCCCUGAAGGCUGCCCCUGGAGCUGUCGCCUCCUGGGCAUUGGAGGCCACCUUUCCCCACAAGGCAAGCUCACGCUACCCCAGGAGCACCCGUGCUUAAAGGCUCCACGGCUCAGAUGCCAGUCCUGCAAGCUGGCACAGGCCCCCGGGCUUAUGGCAGGGGAAGGGUCCCCAGAAGAGUCCAUGGGUGGGCGUCGGAAAAGGAAUGUAAAUACAGCUCCCCAGUUCCAGCCCCCCAGCUACCAGGCCACAGUGCCAGAGAACCAGCCAGCAGGCACUCCUGUUGCAUCCCUGCGGGCCAUCGACCCAGAUGAGGGUGAGGCAGGUCGACUUGAGUACACCAUGGAUGCCCUCUUUGAUAGCCGCUCCAACCAGUUCUUCUCCCUGGACCCAAUCACUGGUGCAGUAACCACAGCCGAGGAGCUGGAUCGUGAGACCAAGAGCACCCACGUCUUCAGGGUCACGGCACAGGACCAUGGCAUGCCCCGACGAAGUGCCCUAGCCACACUCACCAUCUUGGUUACUGACACCAAUGAUCAUGACCCUGUGUUCGAACAGCAGGAGUAUAAGGAGAGCCUCAGGGAGAAUCUGGAGGUUGGCUACGAGGUGCUCACUGUCAGGGCCACAGAUGGGGAUGCCCCUCCCAAUGCCAAUAUUCUGUACCGCCUGUUGGAGGGGCCUGGGGGAAGCCCCUCUGAAGUCUUUGAGAUCGACCCUCGCUCUGGGGUGAUCCGAACCCGUGGCCCUGUGGAUCGGGAAGAGGUGGAAUCUUACCAGUUGACAGUGGAGGCAAGUGACCAGGGUCGGGACCCAGGUCCUCGGAGUACCACAGCUGCUGUUUUCCUUUCUGUGGAGGAUGACAAUGACAAUGCCCCCCAGUUUAGUGAGAAGCGCUAUGUGGUCCAGGUGAGGGAGGAUGUGACUCCCGGGGCCCCAGUACUCCGAGUCACAGCCUCAGAUCGAGACAAGGGCAGCAACGCCCUGGUGCACUAUAGCAUCAUGAGUGGCAACGCUCGGGGACAGUUUUAUCUGGAUGCCCAGACUGGAGCUCUGGAUGUGGUGAGCCCUCUUGACUAUGAGACGACCAAGGAGUACACCCUACGGGUGCGAGCACAGGAUGGUGGCCGUCCCCCACUCUCUAAUGUCUCUGGCUUGGUGACAGUGCAGGUCCUGGAUAUCAACGACAAUGCCCCCAUCUUUGUUAGCACCCCUUUCCAGGCUACUGUCCUGGAGAGCGUCCCCUUAGGCUACCUGGUUCUCCACGUCCAGGCUGUCGAUGCUGAUGCUGGUGACAAUGCCCGCCUGGAAUACCGCCUUGCUGGGGUGGGACACGACUUCCCUUUCACCAUCAACAACGGCACAGGCUGGAUCUCUGUGGCUGCUGAGCUGGACCGGGAGGAAGUUGAUUUCUACAGCUUUGGGGUAGAAGCCCGAGACCAUGGCACUCCAGCGCUCACUGCCUCGGCCAGUGUCAGUGUGACUGUCCUGGAUGUCAAUGACAAUAAUCCAACCUUUACCCAACCAGAGUACACGGUGCGGCUCAAUGAGGAUGCAGCUGUGGGCACCAGCGUGGUGACGGUGUCAGCUGUGGACCGUGAUGCCCAUAGUGUCAUUACCUACCAGAUCACCAGUGGCAAUACCCGAAACCGCUUUUCCAUCACCAGCCAAAGUGGUGGUGGGCUGGUAUCCCUUGCCCUUCCACUGGACUACAAACUUGAGAGGCAGUAUGUGUUGGCUGUUACUGCCUCCGAUGGCACGAGGCAGGACACAGCACAGAUUGUGGUGAAUGUCACCGAUGCCAACACCCAUCGUCCCGUCUUUCAGAGCUCCCACUAUACAGUGAAUGUUAAUGAGGACCGGCCGGCAGGCACCACAGUGGUGCUGAUUAGCGCCACAGACGAGGACACAGGUGAGAAUGCCCGCAUCACCUACUUCAUGGAGGACAGCAUCCCCCAAUUUCGCAUUGACGCAGACACGGGGGCUGUCACAACCCAGGCUGAGCUGGACUACGAAGACCAAGUGUCUUACACCCUGGCCAUUACCGCUCGGGACAACGGCAUUCCCCAGAAGUCUGAUACCACCUACCUGGAGAUCCUGGUGAACGACGUGAAUGACAAUGCUCCUCAGUUCCUGCGUGACUCCUACCAGGGCAGUGUCUAUGAGGAUGUGCCACCCUUCACCAGCGUCCUGCAGAUUUCAGCCACUGAUCGUGAUUCUGGCCUUAAUGGCAGGGUUUUUUACACCUUCCAAGGAGGUGAUGAUGGAGAUGGUGACUUUAUUGUCGAGUCCACAUCAGGCAUCGUACGAACACUACGGAGGCUGGAUCGGGAGAAUGUGGCCCAGUAUGUCUUGCGGGCAUAUGCAGUGGACAAGGGGAUGCCCCCAGCCCGCACACCCAUGGAAGUGACAGUCACUGUGUUGGAUGUGAAUGACAAUCCCCCUGUCUUUGAGCAGGACGAGUUUGAUGUGUUUGUCGAAGAGAACAGCCCCAUUGGGCUAGCCGUGGCCCGGGUCACGGCCACUGACCCCGAUGAAGGCACCAAUGCCCAGAUCAUGUACCAGAUUGUGGAGGGCAACAUCCCUGAGGUCUUCCAGCUGGACAUCUUCUCUGGAGAGCUGACAGCCCUGGUAGACUUAGACUACGAGGACCGGCCUGAGUACGUCCUAGUCAUCCAGGCCACGUCGGCUCCUCUGGUGAGCCGGGCUACAGUCCACGUCCGCCUCCUUGACCGCAAUGACAACCCGCCAGUGCUGGGCAACUUUGAGAUCCUUUUCAACAACUAUGUCACCAACCGCUCAAGCAGCUUCCCUGGGGGUGCCAUUGGCCGAGUACCUGCCCAUGAUCCCGACAUCUCAGAUAGCCUGACUUACAGCUUUGAGCGGGGAAACGAGCUCAGCCUGGUCCUGCUCAAUGCCUCCACGGGUGAGCUGAGGCUGAGCCGCGCACUGGACAACAACCGGCCUCUGGAGGCCAUCAUGAGCGUGCUGGUAUCAGAUGGCGUGCACAGCGUGACGGCCCAGUGCGCCCUGCGUGUGACCAUCAUCACGGAUGAGAUGCUCACCCACAGCAUCACGCUGCGCCUGGAGGACAUGUCACCCGAGCGCUUCCUGUCACCACUGCUGGGUCUCUUCAUCCAGGCGGUGGCCGCCACGCUGGCCACACCACCAGACCACGUGGUGGUCUUCAACGUGCAGCGGGACACCGACGCCCCCGGCGGACACAUCCUCAACGUGAGCCUGUCGGUGGGCCAGCCGCCAGGGCCCGGGGGCGGGCCGCCCUUCCUACCCUCCGAGGACCUGCAGGAGCGCCUGUACCUCAACCGCAGCCUGCUGACGGCCAUCUCGGCGCAGCGCGUGCUGCCCUUCGACGACAACAUCUGCCUGCGCGAGCCCUGCGAGAACUACAUGCGCUGCGUGUCGGUGCUGCGCUUCGACUCCUCGGCGCCCUUCAUCGCCUCCUCCUCCGUGCUCUUCCGGCCCAUCCACCCUGUCGGGGGGCUGCGGUGCCGCUGCCCACCCGGCUUCACGGGUGACUACUGCGAGACCGAGGUGGACCUCUGCUACUCGAGGCCCUGUGGCCCCCACGGGCGCUGCCGCAGCCGCGAGGGCGGCUACACCUGCCUCUGUCGUGAUGGCUACACGGGUGAGCACUGUGAGGUGAGUGCUCGCUCAGGCCGUUGCACCCCGGGUGUCUGCAAGAAUGGGGGCACCUGUGUCAAUCUGCUGGUGGGCGGUUUCAAGUGCGAUUGCCCAUCUGGAGACUUCGAGAAGCCCUACUGCCAGGUGACCACGCGCAGCUUCCCCGCCCGCUCCUUCAUCACAUUUCGUGGUCUGCGCCAGCGUUUUCACUUCACCCUGGCCCUCUCGUUUGCCACAAAAGAGCGUGACGGGUUGCUGUUGUACAAUGGGCGUUUCAAUGAGAAGCAUGACUUUGUGGCCCUCGAGGUGAUCCAGGAGCAAGUCCAGCUCACCUUCUCUGCAGGGGAGUCAACCACCACCGUGUCCCCAUUCAUACCUGGAGGAGUCAGUGAUGGCCAGUGGCACACGGUGCAGCUGAAAUACUACAAUAAGCCACUGUUGGGUCAGACAGGGCUCCCACAGGGCCCAUCUGAGCAGAAGGUGGCGGUGGUGACCGUGGAUGGCUGUGACACAGGGGUGGCCCUGCGCUUUGGAUCUGUGCUGGGCAACUACUCCUGUGCUGCCCAGGGCACCCAGGGUGGCAGCAAGAAGUCUCUGGAUCUGACGGGUCCUCUGCUGCUAGGUGGGGUGCCUGACCUGCCCGAGAGCUUCCCAGUCCGAAUGCGGCACUUCGUGGGCUGCAUGCGGAACCUGCAGGUGGACAGCCGGCACAUAGAUAUGGCUGACUUCAUUGCCAACAAUGGCACUGUGCCUGGCUGCCCUGCCAAGAAGAACGUGUGUGACAGCAACACUUGCCACAAUGGGGGCACCUGUGUGAACCAGUGGGAUUCGUUCAGCUGCGAGUGCCCCCUGGGCUUUGGGGGCAAGAGCUGCGCUCAGGAAAUGGCCAAUCCACAGCACUUCCUGGGCAGCAGCCUGGUGGCCUGGCAUGGCCUCUCGCUGCCCAUCUCCCAGCCCUGGCACCUCAGCCUCAUGUUCCGCACACGCCAGGCCGAUGGUGUCCUGCUGCAGGCCGUCACCAGGGGGCGCAGCACCAUCACCCUACAGCUGUGGGAGGGCCAUGUGGUGCUGAGCGUGGAGGGCACAGGGCUCCAGGCCUCCUCUCUCCGACUGGAGCCAGGCCGGGCCAAUGAUGGUGACUGGCACCAUGCACAGCUGACACUGGGAGCCAGUGGGGGACCUGGCCAUGCCAUUCUGUCCUUCGACUAUGGGCAGCAGAGAGCAGAGGGCAACCUGGGCCCCCGGCUGCAUGGGCUGCAUCUGAGCAACAUAACAGUGGGUGGAGUACCUGGGCCAGCCAGCGGUGUGGCCCGUGGCUUUCGGGGCUGUUUGCAGGGUGUGCGGGUGAGCGACACACCGGAGGGGGUUAACAGCCUGGACCCCAGCCGUGGAGAGAGCGUCAACGUGGAGCAAGGCUGCAGCCUCCCUGACCCCUGCGACUCAAACCCGUGUCCUGCCAACAGCUAUUGCAGCAACGACUGGGACAGCUUCUCCUGCAGCUGUGAUCCAGGUUACUAUGGUGACAACUGUACUAAUGUGUGUGACCUGAACCCCUGUGAGCACCAGUCCGUGUGUACCCGCAAGCCCAGUGCCCCCCAUGGCUAUACCUGCGAGUGUCCCCCAAAUUACCUUGGGCCAUACUGUGAGACCAGGAUUGACCAGCCUUGUCCCCGUGGCUGGUGGGGACAUCCCACGUGUGGCCCAUGCAACUGUGACGUCAGCAAAGGCUUUGACCCAGAUUGCAACAAGACCAGCGGCGAGUGCCACUGCAAGGAUAACCACUACCGGCCCCCGGGCAGCCCUACCUGCCUCUUGUGUGACUGCUACCCCACAGGCUCUUUGUCCCGAGUCUGUGACCCUGAGGACGGCCAGUGUCCAUGCAAGCCAGGCGUCAUCGGGCGUCAGUGUGACCGCUGUGACAACCCUUUUGCUGAGGUCACCACCAAUGGCUGUGAAGUGAAUUACGACAGCUGCCCACGGGCAAUUGAGGCUGGGAUCUGGUGGCCCCGUACCCGCUUCGGGCUGCCUGCUGCUGCUCCCUGCCCCAAAGGCUCCUUUGGGACUGCUGUGCGCCACUGUGACGAGCACAGGGGGUGGCUUCCCCCAAACCUCUUCAACUGCACGUCCGUCACCUUCUCAGAGCUGAAGGGCUUUGCUGAGCGGCUGCAGCGGAAUGAGUCAGGCUUGGAUUCAGGGCGCUCCCAGUGGCUGGCCCUGCUCCUGCGCAAUGCCACACAGCACACUGCUGGCUACUUCGGCAGCGACGUCAAGGUGGCCUACCAGCUGGCCACACGGCUGCUGGCCCACGAGAGCACCCAGCGAGGCUUCGGGCUGUCCGCCACGCAGGAUGUGCACUUCACUGAGAAUCUGCUGCGGGUGGGCAGCGCCCUCCUGGACGCAGCCAACAAGCGGCACUGGGAGCUGAUCCAGCAGACGGAGGGGGGCACCGCCUGGCUGCUCCAGCACUAUGAGGCGUACGCCAGUGCCCUGGCCCAGAACAUGCGGCACACCUACCUAAGCCCCUUCACCAUCGUCACACCCAACAUUGUCAUCUCUGUAGUGCGCUUGGACAAGGGGAACUUUGCUGGAGCCAAGCUGCCCCGCUACGAGGCGCUGCGUGGGGAGCGACCCCCAGACCUUGAGACAACAGUCAUUCUGCCUGAGUCUGUCUUCAGAGAGACGCCCCCCGUGGUCAGGCCCGCAGGCCCCGGAGAGGCCCAGGAGUCAGAGGAGCUGGCACGGCGGCAGCGACGGCACCCGGAGCUGAGCCAGGGUGAGGCUGUGGCCAGCGUCAUCAUCUACCGCACUCUGGCUGGGCUACUGCCCCAUAACUAUGACCCCGACAAGCGCAGCCUGAGGGUCCCCAAACGCCCCAUCAUCAACACGCCCGUGGUGAGCAUCAGCGUCCAUGAUGAUGAGGAGCUUCUGCCCCGGGCCCUGGACAAGCCCGUCACGGUGCAGUUCCGCCUGCUGGAGACAGAGGAGAGGACCAAACCCAUCUGUGUCUUCUGGAACCAUUCGAUCCUGGUCAGUGGCACAGGUGGCUGGUCCGCCAGAGGCUGUGAAGUCGUCUUCCGAAAUGAGAGCCAUGUCAGCUGCCAGUGCAACCACAUGACGAGCUUUGCCGUGCUCAUGGACGUGUCCCGGCGGGAGAAUGGGGAGAUCCUGCCACUGAAGACACUGACAUAUGUGGCUCUAGGUAUCACCUUGGCCGCCCUUCUGCUCACCUUCUUCUUCCUCACUCUCCUGCGUGUCCUACGCUCUAACCAACACGGCAUCCGGCGGAACCUGACAGCUGCCCUGGGCCUGGCACAGCUGGUCUUCCUCUUGGGAAUCAACCAGGCUGACCUCCCUUUUGCCUGCACAGUCAUCGCCAUCCUGCUGCACUUCCUGUACCUCUGCACCUUUUCCUGGGCUCUGCUGGAGGCCUUGCACCUGUACCGGGCACUCACUGAGGUGCGCGACGUCAACGCCGGCCCCAUGCGCUUCUACUACAUGCUGGGCUGGGGUGUGCCCGCCUUCAUCACAGGGCUGGCCGUGGGCCUGGACCCCGAGGGCUAUGGGAACCCUGACUUCUGCUGGCUCUCCAUCUAUGACACGCUCAUCUGGAGCUUUGCUGGCCCAGUGGCCUUUGCCGUCUCGAUGAGUGUCUUCCUGUACAUCUUGGCAGCCCGGGCCUCCUGUGCUGCCCAGCGGCAGGGCUUUGAGAAGAAAGGUCCUGUCUCGGGCCUGCAGCCCUCUUUUGCCGUCCUCCUGCUGCUGAGUGCCGCGUGGCUGCUGGCACUGCUCUCUGUCAACAGCGACAGCCUCCUCUUCCACUACCUCUUUGCUGCCUGCAAUUGCAUCCAGGGCCCCUUCAUCUUCCUCUCCUACGUGGUGCUCAGCAAGGAGGUCCGGAAGGCACUGAAGCUUGCCUGCAGCCGCAAGCCCAGCCCUGACCCUGCUCUGACCACCAAGUCCACCCUGACCUCGAUGCUCUCAGGAGACAGUUUCUGGUCCCAUCUUUUACAGAGCCAUUAUAGAUCCUACAACUGCCCUAGCCCCUAUGCAGAUGGGCGGCUGUACCAGCCCUAUGGAGACUCGGCCGGCUCUCUGCACAGCGCCAGCCGCUCAGGCAAGAGUCAGCCCAGCUACAUCCCCUUCUUGCUGAGGGAGGAGUCCACACUGAACCCUGGCCAAGGGCCCCCUGGCCUGGGGGAUCCAGGCAGCCUGUUCCUGGAAGGUCAAGACCAGCAGCACGAUCCUGACACGGACUCCGAUAGUGACCUGUCCUUAGAAGAUGACCAGAGUGGCUCUUAUGCCUCUACCCACUCAUCAGACAGUGAGGAAGAAGAAGAGGAGGAGGAAGAGGAGGCCACCUUCCCUGGAGAGCAGGGCUGGGAUAGCCUGCUGGGACCGGGAGCCGAGAGAUUGCCUCUGCACAGUACUCCCAAGGAUGGGGGCCCAGGGGCUGGAAAGGCCCCCUGGCCAGGAGACUUUGGGACCACAGCAAAGGAGAGUAGCGGCAACGGAGCCCCUGAGGAGCGGCUGCGGGAGAAUGGAGAUGCCCUGUCUCGAGAGGGGUCCCUAGGCCCCCUUCCAGGCUCUUCUGCCCAGCCUCACAAAGCCCUGCCCCGGCCCGCAGGCAUCCUUAAGAAGAAGUGUCUGCCCACCAUCAGCGAGAAGAGCAGCCUCCUUCGGCUCCCCCUGGAGCAGUGCACAGGGUCUUCCCGGGGCUCCUCUGCCAGUGAGGGCAGCCGGGGUGGCCCCCCUCCCCGCCCACCACCCCGGCAGAGCCUCCAGGAGCAGCUGAACGGGGUCAUGCCCAUCGCCAUGAGCAUCAAGGCAGGCACGGUGGAUGAGGACUCGUCAGGCUCCGAAUUUCUCUUCUUUAACUUCCUGCAUUAACCCUGGGCCGUGGUUCCUCCGCCCGAGGCUCCCUUCCCUUCCCCAGCCGCACUCAUGCCCUGCUCCUGUCUUGUGCUUUAUCCUGCCCCGCUCCCCAUCGCCUGCCCGCAGCAGCGACGAAACGUCCAUCUGAGGAGCCUGGGCCUUGCCGGGAGGGGUACCCACCCCACCUAAGGCCAUCUAGUGCCAACUCCCCCCCCCCCACCAUUUCCCUCACUGCACUUUGGACCCCUGGGGCCAACAUCUCCAAGACAAAGUUUUUCAGAAAAGAGGAAAAAAAGAAUUUUAAAAAGGAUCUCCACUCUUCAUGACUUCAGGGAUUCAUUUUUUUUAUACGCUGGAAUUUGACUCCCCUUUCCCUUCCCAAAGAGGAUAGGACCUCCCAGGAUGCUUCCCAGCCUCUCCUCAGUUUCCCAUCUGCUGUGCCUCUGGGAGGAGAGGGACUCUUGGGGGGCCUGCCCCUCAUUCGCCAUCACCAAAAGGAAAGGACAAAGCCACACGCACGCAGGGUGUCACACCCUUCGGGCUGCACCUGGGCAGGCCUCAGAGUGGUGAGGGGCCAGGGCAAAGGGCAUGCCUUGCCCUGCCUGUGCCGCCUCUCCCAGGAACUGGAAAAGCCCUGUCCGGCGAGGGGGCAGAAGGACUCAGCGCCCCCGGACCCCCAAAUGCUGCAUGAACACAUUUUGAGGGGAGUCUGUGCCCCCAGGCGGGGGUCAGGCCACCCCAGCCCCUCUCCUUUUCCUGGACUCUGGCCGUGCGCGGCAGCCCAGGUGUUUGCUCAGUUGCUGACCCAAAAGUGCUUCAUUUCUCCUGCCCGCCCCGCACCUGGGGCAGGCCAGUCAUGUGUUAAGUUGCGCUUCUUUGCUGUGGUGUGGGUGGGGGCGGGAGGAAGAGUGAACACCUCGCUGGUUCCGCCGCCCUGAGGGUGCUAACACACAGGUUUCAAGUCUGGGUUCUGGUGUCCACUCACCCACCCCUGUCCCCCAAAAUCAGACAAACACUACUUUGUCUGACCUGCUGUGGCCUCUGAGACAUGUUCUAUUUUUAACCCCUUCUUGGAAUUGGCUCUCUUCUUCAAAGGACCAAGUCCUGUUCUCUUUCUCCCCAACUCCACCCCAGCUCCCUGUGAAGAGAGAGUUAAUAUAUUUGUUUUAUUUAUUUUCUUUUUGUGUUGGGAUGGGUUCGUGUCCAGUCCCGGGGGUCUGAUGUGGCCGUCACAGGCUGGGUGUUCCCAGCAGCCCUUCCCCUUGCCCCAGGCCGUCAUCUCCCCACCUCUCCUCCCCUCUCCUCAGUUUUGCUGACUGCUUUUCAUCUGAGUCACCAUUACUCCAAGCAUGUAUUGCAGACUUAUCACUGACUUUCCUUCUGGAGCAGGUCGCUAGAAAGAGGCUGUGGGCAGGAAAGAGAGCCUCCUGUUUCUCACUUGUGAGGCCGGGCUCUGGCUUUUCUGCCUUGGAUUCUCCCCCUGCCCUCUCCCUUCAGCAAUUCCUGCAAAGGGUUAAAAAUUUAACUGGUUUUUACUACUGAUGACUUGACUUAAAGAAAUACAAAGAUGCUGGAUGCUAACUUGAUACUAACCAUCCGACUGUACAGUUUGGUUGUUGCUGUAAAUAUGGUAGCGUUUUGUUGUUUUUUCAUGCCCCAUACUACUGAAUAAACUAGUUCUGUGCGGGUA